CUCCCGGUAGAUCCGAGCUGGACCUGUUAGGGGAGGUUUCCUCUCUUGGACGACCUGAGGACUUUGCAACUGCUGCCGAGACCAUGUCUAGCAAUGGGACAGAUGUGCCUGCUGAAGCCCAAGCUGCUGUGGAGGAACCUGUGGUGCAGCCCAGUGUGGUGGAACGUGUUGCCAGCCUGCCUCUCAUCAGCUCCACGUGUGGGAUGGUGAACGCCGCCUACACCUCCACCAAGGAGAUCUACCCCCAUGUCAGGACUGUGUGCGAUGUGGCCGAGAAAGGCGUCAAGACCCUCACCACAGCUGCGGUCAGCAGCGCACAGCCCAUCCUGUCCAAGCUGGAGCCCCAGAUUGCGACGGCCAGCGAGUAUGCACACCGAGGGCUGGAUAGACUCCAGGAAAGCCUGCCCAUCCUCCAGCAGCCGACUGAGAAGGUUUUGGCGGAUACUAAGGAACUGGUGUCAUCUACAGUGACUGGGGCUCGAGAAAUGGUAUCCAGCUCAGUGUCCAGUGCAAAGGACACAGUGGCCACCCGGGUCACAGGAGCGGUGGAUGUGACCCGCGGAGCUGUGCAAAACAGUGUGGACAUGACCAAGUCAGCAGUGACCAGCGGUGUCCAGUCAGUCAUGGGCUCCCGAGUGGGACAGAUGGUGAUUAGUGGAAUGGACAGGGUGCUGGUGAAAUCGGAGGCCUGGGCAGACAAUCGCCUGCCCCUGACAGAUGCAGAGCUAGCCCUGAUUGCCACAGCCCCAGAGGACACAGACAUGGCCUCGCUGCAGCAGCAGAGACAGGAGCAGAACUACUUUGUCCGGUUGGGCUCCCUCUCCGAGCGGCUGCGCAAUCAUGCCUAUGAACACUCACUGGGCAAGCUGCGGAGUGCCAGGCAGAGUGCGCAGGAGGCGCUGCAGCAGCUCACACACGUGCUCGGCCUGAUGGAAUCCCUGAAACAGGGCAUGGACCAGAGGCUGGGGGAGGGGCAGGAGAAGCUGCACCAGAUGUGGCUCAACUGGAACCAGAAGACCCCACAGGAUGCUGAAAAGGACCCAGCUAAGCCAGAGCAGGUGGAGACCCGGGCACUCAGCAUGUUCAGGGACAUCGCCCAGCAGCUGCAGAACACGUGUGGUGCCCUGGGGGCCAGCAUCCAGGGCCUGCCCAGCCACAUAAGGGAGCAGGCCCAGCAGGCCCGCAGCCAGGUGGAUGACCUUCAGGCCACCUUCUCCGGCAUCCACUCCUUCCAGGACCUCACAGCCAGCGUUCUUGCCCAAACUCGGGAGCGUAUAGCCAGAGCUCGGGAGGCCCUCGACCACACUGUGGAGUACGUGGCCCAGAACACUCCAGCCAUGUGGCUGGUAGGCCCCUUCGCUCCUGGAAUCACUGAGAAAGCCCCUGAGGAGAAGUAGGGAGAAGGAUCAGGGCCAUUGUCUAUCUGGCUUGACCGCUUUUCCCAACAAUCUUAUUGAACGGCAGGUCCUCCCCCACUCAUUCUGAACAAGACAUGUAUUUAGCCUAUUCCCAUCAGUCUUUUAAAGCAAAACUUUUUUCUAGAAUGUUCCAGAGGAAAAAAAAAUCCAGAAUGUUCUAGAAAAAAAUUUUUUUUUCCUAAAAAGAAAAUGAGGGUAAUGAGUAGUGAUAGCACAAGCCUUUCAUCCUGUGCCAGCACUGUGGUGUAGAGGCAGGAGGGUCACAAGUUCAAAGCCUGACUGCCACAUAGCAAAUUCAAUGAUAGUCUAAGCGACGUGAGACCUUGUCUUGAAGUAAAGCAGGCAUAUAGUGCUAUUCCACUCCAGCCUCUCUCCUACAUGAUGGCUCACAGCAGCCAGCUCUUCCAGCACACCUUGAUACCUGGUCCAAGAAUCCAGCAACUGUGACAGGUGGACAGCUGGGAUGUUGUCAUCAUUUCAGAUGAGAAAGUGACCAACGGCUGAGUGUCCACUGUUCCUCAAAUCCUGGGGCUCAAUAUUGCCUUAAUAAAUUUUACGUGCAUCAGUGGCCAGCA